AUGGAUCCAAAUACUACCGUCCAUUCUCACUUGUUCGGAUCUGAAAAACCAACUUCUCCUCUUCAUCAUAACCCUCCUUCUGGGAAUCCUACCGGACAUGGAUUCGAAUCGAUAUUCGGUCAGAUCAUGAAACAUCUCAAUGCUCUCGAGUCUAAUCAUCAUCUCCUCCUUAAAUAUGCCAAGGAUCAGGUGCUUGGUCUUGGCAAUUCUUCACUAAAAGUUCAGUCUGAUCUCGUCAAACUUGAGAAAAUUAACACAACUCCUGAACCAUCGGAUCAAGAGUUUGGACUCCUUGAUCACAUUUAUCAAGCGCAUCGGGCUGGUCCAAUUCCUGAGCAUCAUUGCGAUCCUGAUCUUCUUCAGCAUGACCCGAAUUCAACAUGGAAGCAGUCCUACAAACGAUGCGGGAAUAGUGGCGAGGAGGUGUUUACGACAACGGACGAGAGAUUCAGUAUCGUCGGCAACAACGGCCGCCAAGAACGAGCUCUUCCUCGUCUCCUCCCUCCAUCGCAAGCUUGCCCACCACUCUUCUCCCUGACUGCCGUCGCUCAAACUCGGCUUGAGGAGGCCAGACUCGCCGCUCAGACGAGCCGCUUCCCUCUCCCAUCACCAUCAGAAACAACUCAGCGAGAGUCUCAAUGGACCGGCCGUGCCCGCACCUGCUCACCUUUAUCCCUCGUACACGCCCUCCAUCAGUUCGCGUGUAUGAACUCAUCUGAUGAUCAGGCUAAUGUGGCGAUCAUCCCCAAGAUUCAAGACUACCUCGAGAAAGCCUGCUCGAUCGUCUGUUGUAUCAUCACCAAAAGGUCGACUUUGUUAUAUUCUGCUAGCAAGAAACUUCAGGCAAUUUCUGACCCACGAACUUACACAACAAUCGAAAACCUUGCUCAGCGGGUAAUUCGGACAUGUCUUGCGAUCAAGAACCAAGCGAUCUCCAAGCCGUCUGAAAGCUUGAUGAACCUCGGCCGGUUUAGUGAUGACUUAUUGGUCCGACUGAUGUCUCAUUACUCAACGCUUCCAGAUAUACGUGAUCUUCAAUCCCCUGGUUAUUGUGAUGCAGUUAUAUCAACUCUAUGUCUCGCCCCCAAAGCGGAUCAAUACCUCCGUUCGAUUGAUGAUUGGAUGGUCUUAUUGACCGUCGGUUUGAUCCUCAAAAUCCAAGCCAAGGAGGGCAAGACGAUCCUGUCAAUUCAACCAGACCCGUCUUCUUCUUCUUCUGAAAAUCAUCAUCAGGUCAUCCUUGAGCCGUUUAUGGACCAAUUUGCAUCAGCUUUGAAGAAUAACAGCCACUUGGCUGCCAUUCCAA